AUGGGAUGUAUGCUUGGCCUUGUGCUGUAGUCCUGGCCCAAUACUUGUGGUUCCACAGAAGAUCUCUGCCAGAUUGGAGCUGGAGUGAGCCUUCCAGGGAUUUUGGCUGCUAAAUGUGGUGCAGAAGUAAUACUAUCUGACAGCUCAGAGUUUCCUCACUGUCUGGAUAUCUGUUGGCAAAGCUGCCAGAUGAAUAACCUGCCCCAGGUGCAAAUUGUAGGACUGACAUGGGGCCACAUAUCAAAAGACCUUCUGUCUUUGCCACCACAAGACAUCAUUCUUGCAUCUGAUGUGUUCUUUGAACCAGAAGACUUUGAAAGCAUUUUAGCUACAGUAUACUUUCUGAUGCAAAGGAAUCCAGAAGCUCAAUUUUGGUCUACAUACCAGGUCAGAAGUGCUGACUGGUCACUUGAAGGCUUGCUCUACAAGUGGGACAUGAGAUGUGUCCAUAUUCCUCUGGAGUCUUUUGAUGCAGACAAGGAAGAUAUAGCAGAGUCUACCCUUCCAGGAAGACAUACUGUUGAAAUGCUGGUUAUCUCCUUUGCAAAGAACUGAGUUAACUGAGUUUGUC